AUGUCUAUCCUAAGAUGAAAAAUGGUUAUAGUUGGUGAUGCCACUGUGGGCAAGUCAGCUAUCGUCAACCAGCUAGUCAACCAGUCCUUCAAUAGUGCUUACUCAAUGACACAGGCAUGUGAUUAUAAGAUUAAGGAAUUCCCUAUUGAAGAGUCGAAGACAGUCGUGGAGCUUCAUAUUCUCGAUAUUGCUGGACAGAAAUUCUUCAAUAACAUUGCUAUUGAGCUUAUAAAGGACGUUACUCAUGUCAUGCUUGUCUAUGACAUGACUAAUCCAGACACAUUCAAUUCAUUGCAGAGUUGGUUUGAUGGAAUCAAGGAAGAAAAUCCAGGAAAAGAUAUUAAAGGAUGGCUCGUAGGCAACAAAGCUGAUCUCGAAACUAGAAUUAAAAUAACAACUGAUGACGGACAAGCAUUUGCAAGCGAAGCUGGACUCAGAUACUUUGAAGUUUCAGCUAUGAAAUACGAAGAUGUAGAAGCGCCUUUCAAAGAAGCUGCUGAGCUUUUCCAUGAGACUUAUGAGGAGCGGAUUAAGAAGAUUUCUAGAUAA